AUGUCGACUAAACUGCAGGUCUCGAAGGCGGUGACCAAGAAAAACACAGCCACGGGUGGCCCCGUGCAAAGUCCAGGCAAGGUGCAGAAUGGUACGAAGAAGAAGAGCACGGAGGCUGCACCCAAACCCCGGACAUCUAGCGGUGACGGCCCUCCUGGUGGCGAGGUUCGCAAGUCCAGCCGCCCUCGAAAGGUGAAAGUGUGGUUUGAGGAAGGGGCGGAUGCUACCGAAGAAGGUGCUGAUCCUGUUAAGUAUGUCGGGAACAACCUUGAUGGCGAGGAUGUGGACAACCAGAAACACGAGGACGAAGCUGAGGCCAACGGCAAGUCGGGUGACGUGGGCGAAAACGAGGUGGACGAGGCAGUAGACGAGGCCGGCGACGAGCCGGAAGAGGAAGACUUGGCGGAGGACGAUGCUGAAGAGAAGGCGGAUGAAGAGGAGGGUGACGAGGCGGAGGAAGAGGAGGGUGACGAGGCGGAGGAAGAGGAGGGUGACGAGGCGGAGGAAGAGGAGGGUGACGAGGCGGAGGAAGAGGAGGAUGAUGAGGCGGAGGAAGAGGAGGAUGACGAGGUGGAGGAAGAGGAGGACGAGGAGUCUGAGGAAGGGCAGGGGGAUGAGGACGAGGCUGAGAAGGGAAGUGAGAAAGGCGAUUCGGCGGAAGUGGGGGAAGGUGCGGAUGCGCACAAGCCUCAAAUCACAAGGAAGGCUAGCUUUGACGAGAUGCUGGAAGAGCAGGGUGACGCUGAUGACGAAGACAUGGAGGAUGAGGCUGUGGCUGAGGAACGUGCUAUGCUGCUUGGGAAGCUGAAGGCACUCGAUGAGAUCAAGGAACCCGUUGUCAGCUCGAAGCCUGCUAGAAAGGGUGUGAAACGUCUUCCGCGUUCAGAACCCUCUAAGGUUCCUGCUAAGCCACCGCGAGGGAAAGAUGUAGUCACAUCGGCUAAGGGAAAGGAUAAAGUUCUGGCGACCGAGAGUAUUCUCGGUGGGAAGUCGAAACGGGAGUUCGCCUUGGUGGUUGGCGGUGCGCAGAAAAAGCAGAACACCGGUGAAGUGUCGGCCAAACCGAAGUCAACUCCUACGGCAGCAGGCGCUGGGACCAGCGGGGGAAAGGCCAAGGCAGGCGCUGGGGCAAGCGGGGUAAAGGCCAAGGCAGGCGCUGGGGCAAGCGGGGUAAAGGCCAAGGCAGGCGCUGGGACCAGCGGGGUAAAGGCCAAGGCAGGCGCUGGGACCAGCGGCGUAAAGGCCAAGGCAGGCGCUGGGGCUAAACCGACCUCUAAGGAGGCCAACACAAAAACCAAAGGUCAGACUUUUGCCGCAUUGUAUAGCACUGCGGGAUGGUACCACUUUUUAUUCGUGGCAUGCUUGCUGAUGUCACGUCGCUUUCCAUCCUUCCCUGCCGUCGCUUUCCUCCCAUCCAUGCCGUCACCGUCAUCCCAUCCCUGCCGUCACCUUCAUCCCAUCCCUGCCGUCCCCUUCAUCCCAUCCCUGCCGUCACCUUCAUCCCAUCCCUGCCGUCACCUUCAUCCCAUCCCUGCCGUCACAUUCAUCCCAUCCCUGCCGUCCCCAUCAUCCCAUCCCUGCCGUCCCCUUCAACCCAUCCCUGCCGUCACCUCUGACCCGUCUCUCAGUCACCUUUCCUCCAUCUCUUCCGUCCCGUAUACAAUCAACAGCUCCCAAUCAGCACCUCCUAACCACAACAUUAAACCCCGCUUGCUUCCCCACCCAGGCCUAGGGAGGCAUAGGGUGGUGAGGCUUUACCUAAACCCCAACUCCCCUCUGCUUGCCUGCCCACUCUCCCCUCAACCCGAAACCACACCUGCUACCCUAAAUACAGGCCUAGGGAGGCAUAGGGAGGUGAGGCUUUACCUAAACCCCAACUCCCCUCUACCUGCCUGCUCACUCUGCCCUCAACCCGAAACCCCACCUGCUACCCUAAAUCCAGGCCUAGGGAGGUUUAGGGAGGUGAUGCUUUACCUAAACCCCAACUCCCCUCUGCUUGCCUGCCCACUCUCCCCUCAACCCCAAACCCCACUUGCUUCCCCAUCCAAGCCUAGGGGGGAGGUGAGGCUUUAUCUAAACCCCAACUCCCCUCUGCUUGCCUGCCCACUCUCCCCUCAACCCGAAACCCCACUUGCUUCCCAUCCAGGUUUAGGGAGGCAUAGGGAGGUGAGGCUUUACCUAAACCCCAACUCCCCUCUGCUUGCCUGCCCACUCUCCCCUCAACCCCAAACCCCACUUGCUUCCCCUUCCAGGCAUAGGGAGGUGAGGCUUUACCUAAACCCCAACUCCCCUCUGCUUGCCUGCCCACUCUCCCCUCAACCCCAAACCCCGCUUGCUUCCCCAUCCAGGCAUAGGGAGGUGAGGCUUUACCUAAACCCCAACUCCCCUCUACCUGCCUGCCCACUCUGCCCUCAACCCGAAACCCCACCUGCUACCCUAAAUCCAGGCCUAGGGAGGCAUAGGGAGGUGAGGCUUUACCUAAACCCCAACUCCCCUUUGCUUGCCUCCCCACUCUCCCCUCAACCCCAAACCCCACUUGCUUCCCCAUCCAGGCAUAGGGAGGUGAGGCUUUACCUUAACCCCAACUCCCCUCUUGCUUGCCUGCCCACUCUCCCCUCAACCCGAAACCCCACCUGCUACCCUAAAUACAGGCCUAGGGAGGCGAACAGGUGCUACUUGGGGAGGUUACCAGCAGAUCUGCUUGCCCCACUCGAGUUCUACACGGAUGAGGAGCUCAUUGCACGUUACAAGGAUGGGGAGAGGGGGCUGGCAUGGCAUCGGGAGCUCCUCAUCCCUUUCGGCAGCCUCAUCUUCUCGGUGUCCAUCAAGUUGGCUUUGGCGCGUCGUGGGGUAAAUUCUGAGAAGAUUAAGACCCGCCAGCUGGGUUGGAUCCUAUAUGCGUUUGAGUGGCCAAUCCUCAACAACGCGCCUGAUGGGAAGUUGAGUGGCAAGUGGGAGUACAAUCGGAUCCAGUACGAGGAGAUGUGCACCCGUGUGAAGCGGGAGGUCGAGAUCGCUGUCAUUGACCAUGGUGUCCCAUACGCCAAAAACACGAACACAUUCAACUUCCCCAACGGCGUCUACAUCGACGCGUCUGACAUGGAGACCCUUGUCAGCAGGGUGCAGGUAACAUUGCUGAAUUCCUCCCAUCUCAUCCGUCCCCUUCCUCCCAUCUCAUCCGUCCCCUUCUUCCCAUCUCAUCCGUCCCCUUCUUCCCAUCUCAUCCCUCCCCCCUCUUCCCAUCUCAUCCGUCCCCUUCCUCCCAUCUCAUCCGUCCCCUUCCUCCCAUCUCAUCCGUCCCCUUCUUCCCAUCUCAUCCGUCCCCUUGUUCCCUUCUCAUCCGUCCCCUUCCUCCUAUCUCAUCCGUCCCCUUCCUUCCAUCCCCUUCCGUCCCCUAUGCCUCUUUGCACAGGCUGCACGACCUGCACCAGCCCGGGUUGUCACCCCAAACCCGUAAUCAUGGAGGUUAGCAGCAGCACUAGGGGGAUCGGUGCAGGGCGUAGCAGUGGCAGUAGCAACCUGCAGGAGCAGCACGGAGACAGGGGCGUAGCAGUGGCAGUAACAACUAGUAGCCGCAGCAUGGGGACAUGGGGAGCAGCAGUGGCAGCAACGGGACAGGUGCGGAGCAGCAGCGGCAGCAUGGGGACAGGUGCUGAGCAGCAGGGGCAGCAGGGAGACAGGUGCGGAGCAGCAGUGGCAGCAUCGGGACAGGUGCGGAGCAGCAGUGGCAGCAUCGGGACAGGUGCGGAGCAGCAGUGGCAGCAUGGGGACAGGUGCGGAGCAGCAGUGGCAGCAUGGGGACAGGUGUGGAGCAGCAGGGGCAGCAUGGGGACAGGUGCGGAGCAGCAGUGGCAGCAUGGGGACAGGUGCGGAGCAGCAGGGAAGGAUGUGGCAGUGCUCUUAUCAUCAGUAGAACCAACCCACCAUCAGUAG